AUGAAGGCGGCUAGAUAUCACGGGCGUCGCGAUUUGAGGGUCGAGGAUGUAGAUGUCCCACAAAUCGUUGACGGCCAAGUUCUGAUCCAAAUCGAAUGGUGUGGCAUAUGUGGCUCUGAUUUGCACGAAUAUCUGGUCGGACCGGGCAUUAUCCCUCAGAAGGAUGCACCACAUCCACUGACAGGGGCUGUGAUGCCUGUGACGAUGGGUCACGAAUUUUGCGGUCGAGUGACCAAGGUUGGCCCAAAGAGCAAAUUCCAGAUCGGACAGCCUGUCAUGGUUGAUCCACGAGUUUUUUGUUCCAACUGUCAUUCAUGUAACAUCGGGGACACGAAUAUUUGCAAUAGUUGGGGAUUUUUGGGGCUGCAGUCACCCGAUGGGGGAGGUUUCUCGGAAUACGUCGCAGUCAAAGAGGAAAUGUGCCAUGCCCUACCCGAUUCAAUCCCCUUGUCUGAAGCUGCCUUGAUUGAGCCCUUGACGGUCGCUAGGCAUGCGACCAAAAAAUCUGGUUUCGACGACUAUCGGGACAAGACCAUCCUCGUCCUUGGCGGUGGACCAGUCGGAUUGGCUUUAAUCUUUGUGCUGAGGGCCUCUGGGUUUGGUAAACUCAUCGUGAGCGAGCCAACAAGCCAGCGGCAAGAACAGGCAGCAAAGCUCGUCGACGUGGUGUUAAAUCCCAGGGAAAUCAGCGUGCCUGAGAAAUGCCGGAUCAUGCCAGGUCUAAAAGAUGGUAUGGAUGCCCUUCGGCGCGGUGGGACAUAUGUUAACGUCGCUGGUUGGGAGAGAGAAUGUGUUGUGCCCAUGGAGCAUUUCAUGUUGAAGGAAAUCAUCUUCCGGGCCUCAAUGAGUUAUACAGAAGAAGAUUUCAAGCAGACUGUGGACGAAUUCGUGGCUGGAAAAUUCGAGGGAUUCGAGAAACUGGUUACGGCGAGAAUAGCGUUGGACGACAUUGUGAAGAAAGGAUUUGAGGAAUUAGUCAACCACAAAGAUGACCAUGUCAAGAUCCUGGUGACUCCCAUGAAGGAGCUUCAUAACUGCGCCGUUGCCACGGGAAGGGCCGAGGCGGUGACCCACUGGCGCUUGGGGACAAUUUUUGUUUUCUGGCAGCCCAAAUUUUGGGCUCCGAAAGACAACAUAAUCAACAUCCUCAGCCGUCGCUUUCUCGCGUCCUUCCUUGUCAGUCGUCUUCCUACCUCGAUGGACGCCCAUGCGCAUCUCCUUUCGCUUGGUUGGGCAGGACCCGGCCACUCCCUCGACUCGAGACCAUACAAACAAAAAGGGCAUCGAGGCCUCGCUUAUGAUCCCGCAAAAGUCGGCAACAAUGGUGUCGGUCUUGUCAAGCCUCUCCUGAUAUCACAAAGAAAAGGGCGAUUCGGCGUUGGCAAGAAGGCGCAUGAGCCACAGGCCGGAAAUCAGUGGUGGCUGAAAGGAUUCGAGAAUGCAUUGGGGAAUAUUGGCAAGAGUGAAAGUGAGAGGAGCAGUGGCACAACGACCCCAGUUGCAUAUGGCCAUGGCAUCGGAAAACACGGUGGGCUUUAUAGCUUCUUCGUCAAGGGACAAGAGAUGGAAGGCACAAUUGGUAAAGUCGGCGAGUUCACGCGAGCUUCGAAGAAGAGGAAGAGUGAUGCGCUUAAUGAUGGAGAACAGGAUGAUACUGAAGAAUCCACGUCGUUGAAGAAGAAGAGAGAGCCUGCGACAGAAUUUGAAGAGGCUGGCGCAUAUUUUGCGUUGCGUGACAAAGACGAGAAGCGUGGCCAGCGUGUGCAAAGGCAGGACCCGGUUGUUGAGUUCGAGCAAGUCGGCGAAUACCUUCAAGCAAGGCUUCAGAAGAGACAAAAGAAGCGGAAAUCAAAAGUUGGGCCUGGGGCUACAGAUCUCGACACACCAGUCGAAGUUGACAACGAGGAGCCGUCAACUCCGAACAAAGUAGAGUCGAAGGAAGAGAGACAGGAACGGCGGCGACGACGAAAAGAGAAAAGGGACCAGAAGCGAAAGGCGUUGUUUGAUCUGGAGAACCAACGACAAAACGUCUCACCAGCCAAUUCUAUUGCUAAAGAUUCGGACGGCACAGCUGAUCGGAGGACACAGCGCAGGCGGGGGAAAGCACAAGCUUUACCAAGUCAUCAGAUAGCUGAGGGCGAUUUGUGA